CACCACUUUCGUGGUCGACCACUACUCCAUGCUCAAAUUAGAGAUUUAUUCCCUACUAUUUUUACCAGUUUAUCGUCUGUCAUUCGACUUGGUUUCGUUGUUUUUUACGCUGUGAUACCCAUUCGUUAAUGUUUUCGCUUCUUUCUCGGUCUAAUAUUGGUUUUCCUAAAAUCCACCCGAGAAUUUUUAUUUCCGUAGUCUCCAAGAAUUGUUUCUUUUUUUAUAUAUCUGGUCUUGCUUCUGAUGUGUAGGUCAUUAUAGAUCGUCGCUUUGUAAAUUCGUGUCUUUGUUUUUUGUGUUAGGUGUUUGUUCCGCCAUACUACUUUCUGAAGACAUCUUAUUUGCUCUUGCUCCUUGUCCUCUUACUUCGUCUUCUAAGUCUCCAUUACUGGUUAUGUCAAUUCCAAGGUAGUCUGCCUCCAGUGCCGGUCCCAAGCCCUGAGAAAGAGAAGGGUUGAAGAGCCAGUUUAGCAGCCUAUCCCCCCCAAAACAGAUAACUAGCUCAAAGUUCCGAUAGAAGAUGCAAUCUGUAUCAAACAUAUUUGAAUAUAAUAUUGAACCCUCAACAGUAGUAAGUAAUUGUUAUGUUUGAUGACAAUGAUUCAUAUUUCAAUGAUAAAUCGUAUGUACCAUUAUUUACUAUGUAAUAGGAGCGAUUUAACCAAAAUCUUAGCUUACUAUUAAAAGAUGGUGAAAUCAUAGACUCCGAAACAAGUAUGUGUUCUCUUUUAUCUGCACUUUGUAGAUUGGUUGUGCUUUCUUCUAUAGUUACACUUACUGCUAAAAGUCAUGUGAAAUCAUCAAAUGUGGGUAAUAUUAAGGUAUAUCAGAUGUAUACUACUGAACCAAGAAAUCAUCAAAUUUAAGAACACUUGUGACUUUUUCAUCAUUUCAACUAUUAUAAAAAUGCCUUCAAAAGUAGGUUCAAAUAGUUAUAAACACAGUAUAUAGAGAAUAUUCAUUAACCAAUAACUAAUGAAAUACAUUUUUGUAAACUCAUCCAUCAUAAUUUUGAUAAGUAUUUAUGAAAAAUGUCAAUAAAUAUCAUUUUUAAUUUUUAUCGUAUUAUCGUAUAAAAUUUUUAUACAUAGAACAUUGGGAAUGUGUAACUAUCAAUGAAUAAUUCUUUGUACCCUUUUUCAAUACCUCAAGUAAAUUCUAUAACUCAUCCUGUAAUCAGUUUUGCAAUCGCACCUAUUUGAUACUGCCGACAGUGGAAAAAGUAAUGCAAGUCUUCAGUACAAUACUUACAAUUCAGAUGACUCAAGUUCAUGAAAAGGGCAACAUUCAAGUUAGUAAAAGCAAUCUGAGCAUGGCAAAACUUGAAAGAAUCCUAACCCCACAAAUAAAGAUUCAAAGUCGUAUUACUCGUAAUUGGUGGUAUAUCAUAAAUCAUAACAUUUACCAUUAUUUAGAAACAAAUUAUGUGUGAUUAUGUUAUUCUUCAGUGAUAAUUAGAAUGGUGUUGAUAGGUCUCUUAGAAAAACCGUAGAUUCCAUGAGAGUGUUGCCAUUUUGUGACUUCGUGUAUGAAAGAAAUCGAUUCUUUCAUAGUUAAAUAAACUGAUACAUAUAAAAAAAUUGAUCUAUGAGAAAAAUAGAGCAAAGAGCAGUUUGGGAGAUGACCCAAAUAAUGAUCCAUUCACUAUGGUAUUGAGAACAUAAUUUAUUCACGAUCACUAGAUACACUGACAAGAAAUAAAUUGAGAACUUCACUAUUUGAUUUGAUUACUCAUAAAUCACUUAGAUGCUAGAAUUCACAGUCGAUGUUAAUAUUAUUAUUGUUACAUCCAUGUGGAAAGCUCCAGCUAAUUAGAACAAAACCCAAUGGAAGCCAUUAGAACAUUUGCAAACAUGUCUUCUAUCUCUAGAGCAUAUUCAGUAAAAAAGUUUAAUAUUGGAAACAUGAAACUUUGCGUUUGUUGUAAAAAGAAUAUUAUUCACAAUUUCCCAGUUUUGGUUGUUAAGUUAGAUUGUUAAUCAUCUUUUUCUUUGAAAAUAAAAACCACACAAGCCAAUUUUUCCCUCACAGUUCAAAGAAUUAUUAAAAAUUUACUUGAAACAUUGCGUACAAAAUUUUAUCAAGAAAAUCUUCAACCGAUCUGUUCAAGUAUCACUUGAAUUGGAUUAAUGAUUAGAAACAAUUGGAGAAAAUGGUUUUUUUGUAGCUUAUCUCUUCUAAAAGUGUCAAGUACCAUUGAAAAAUUUACUAUAUAAACAAUGUUUGCUGUAACCAAAUACACAGUUUCAUUUUGUUGUUCUUGUAAAAGAAAAAUCAAAAUGAAAGUUUUCGUCUUUCUCGCCGCCGUAGCAGUUGCCACCAACGCCCUCUCUGUCCACCAACACUGGGCAAACUUCAAAGUCAGAUACAAUAAAAACUAUGAAAGUUCUUCUGAAGAAUCUGUUCGUUUCGCCAUCUUCAACGAAAAUGUGAAACGCGUCAACGAACAUAAUGCCAAAUACGCAGCUGGUAAAACUACGUACACAUUAGCCAUCAACGAAUUCGCAGAUCUGACCAAAGAAGAGUUCAGGGCCAGACUUGGAAUUAGCACAAGCAAUGUACCUAAAAUCAAAACAACACGUCACGUUUUCCCCGAAAACCUCACUGUUGAGGAUACAAUGGAUUGGAGACAAAAAGGAGCCGUUUUGGGUGUCAAAAAUCAAGGUACAUGCGGUUCCUGCUGGUCAUUCAGUGCUACUGGUGCUCUUGAAGGACAAAACAUCAUUUUGAAUAAAGUAACAACUUCCUUGAGUGAACAGCAAUUGGUUGAUUGUUCCAGUAAAUACGGAAAUCUUGGUUGCAACGGUGGAUUGAUGGACUCAGCUUUCGCAUAUAUCAAAGAUUAUGGUAUUCAAAGUGAAUCUAGUUAUCCAUACAAAGGUGUACAAGGUAAAUGCGUAGCUAAUAGCAAACUUGCUGUUCUUUGGACCAAAGGUUUCAAGGAUGUUGCCCCAACAGAGGAUGCUUUAAAACUAGCCGUAGGAUCUAUUGGACCAAUUUCCAUUGGUGUAAAUGCUGAUCCUCUUCAACUCUACGGCUCUGGAAUCAUUGACGACCCAACUUGUGACGACCAGAUUGAUCAUGGGGUUCUUGCCAUAGGAUACGGUACAGAAAAUGGUGUUGAUUACUGGUUAAUCAAGAACUCAUGGGGUACUGCCUGGGGUGAAGCCGGAUAUUACAGAAUGAGAAGAAACGCCAAUCAAUGUGGUAUCACCACUUUGGUUUCAUACCCACUUAUUUGAAUGUAAUUAUUAAUGGAAUACAAAAUAAUAACUUUUA